AUGAACACUAUUAAGAGCACAAUGUCUAAAAUGCUCUCGCAUGCUAAAAUCACUCCUCAUCGGUCGGCUGCCCGUGGGCACUCGGAUCAUGGUUGGCUCAACACUUACCACAGCUUUUCGUUCGCCGACUGGUACGACCCUAAGUUUACGCACUUUGGCUCGCUGAGAGUGUUAAAUGAAGACCGAGUCAAGCCGAAUUCGGGGUUUCCAACACACCCUCAUCGCGAUUUUGAGAUUUUUAGUUACAUCAUUUCCGGCGAACUAACCCACCGGGAUAGUAUGCUUCGUAAGGGUGCCGAGGGUGGGCAGUCGGACAAGUUUUAUCGGAUGGGUCGAGGGGAUGUCCAGUUUACCACCGGCGGUACGGGCAUUGCGCAUUCCGAACAGAACGAGCACGCAAGAGAUACAGUUCAUUUCCUCCAGAUCUGGGCAAUUCCGUGGAAACGAGGACUCACCCCUAGAUACCACACUCGCCAUUUUGAUGACGAGGAAAAGCGCAAGGGUUUUGUACCGAUUUUAAGUCCGCUUAAGGGUGGUCCGGAGGCUACAUUUGAGCAGGAGAAAGUUGCUGAGCCGACAAUUGAGGGGACCAUACCUAUUCAUGCCGACUUCGUCAUGGGAGCCGCUUUAAUCCCGCCUCAGGGAAGAUUCGAUUGGGUUAUUGGGGCCCACAUUGCGGGGAGCAGCAGGAGAAAGUUGUACAUUCACAUUCCGAUGACGAAGAAGGGACAAGCAAAAAUCCGACUCGACGGCCGUGACGAAGUUCUUGACGAAGGCGAUGGCGCGUUUAUUGACGGUGUUAAUACAGGGGAUAGGUUGACUGUGGAAAGUAUUGGCGAGGUUGAAGCCGAGGUCGUGGUUCUUGAUACAGCGUGA